UGUAACUACGCGACCAAAAUUUAUUUGAAACUUCGGUCAUAAGAUUUGAACAAGUUCGGUGAUGAUAAGCAACCCAAAAGCCCAAAAAGCCUCGUUGUUCUUUAGGGUUUCUUUGCUUAACCUACUGCUUCUCCCCUCUCUCUAUAUAUAUACACACUCCCAAACUUCUAGGUUUUGAUACUUACUGUUGGGAAAAUUUGCAAAUCGAUUCGAUGGCGGAGGACAAGGUUGCUAGAUCGAAAGGAGUGGUGAGCAGGUUCAAUGAUCAAAAGGGUUACGGCUUCAUUACGCCUGAUGAAGGCGGCGAGGAUCUGUUUGUGCAUCAGACUGCCAUCAAAUCCGAUGGGUUUCGGACCCUUCGCGAGGGCCAGAUCGUUGAGUUCACUAUUAUACUAGAAGGCGACAAGACAAAGGCAACCGAUGUCACAAUCGCAGAUGGUGGGCCCGGCGACUACUCUUCACGUAGAGGCAGUAGCUACAACAGCCGUGGUGGAUAUGGUUUCAGUGACAGGAGGAAUGACGGCAAUGGAUAUGGCUAUCGAAGUGGUGGCGGAGGAGGCGGUGGCGGAAGCGGAGAGUGUUUUAACUGUGGUGAGUAUGGUCAUAUGGCUAGGGACUGCGACAGGAACAAUGGUGGUGGUGGUGGUGGUGGUGGUAGUGGAGGAGGAUGUUACACCUGUGGUGGUUUUGGGCAUAUGGCGCGGGACUGCCCCUCUGGAGGACGAGUGGGUGGUGGUAAUAGUGGUGCCUGUUUCCAGUGUGGGGAGAAGGGGCACUUGGCUAGGGACUGUGCGGGUGGAGGCAGUGGAGGGCGCCAAGGUGGGAGUGGAUAUGGUGGAGGGGGACGUCGUGGAUAUGGUGGAGGGGGUGGGUAUGGUGGGAGGUUUGGUGGUGGCGGUGGUGGAAACAGCUGUUACAAUUGUGGGGAGUCUGGACACUUUGCUAGGGAAUGCCCGAACAUCUAAUUUGAUAUCGUAUGAUUGUAAUCUUGGUAUCUAUUUUUAUGAAUAUCAUUUUCUUUUGGCUUGGCAAUGAAACUCUUCUCUAGUUGGUUGGUAUGCAAAUGUACAAAUGGCGGUUGGGUUGCUGAAAAUCUAACAUUUCGUUUCCGGUUUGGUUGUGAAUGAAUUUGCCUCGGUUUUACCUAAAUAAAAUUCUCGGUUGUCUUGGUUAUA